AUGGGACCUCCCACCGCCAUCGUCACCGGUGGCUUGUCCGGCAUAGGAAACGCCCUAGUCCGACACCUCGUCUCGCUGAACUGGCGCGUCGUCGUCGCCGACAUCAACCCCCCAAGGAGUCCCUGCCGGAGACGACCAGGCCGACCUGUUCAAGCAAGCGUAUGCGUGGAGCGGGCGGCUGGAUUUGUGGCGCUCAACGCGGGUGUCGACCAUGGAGACGACGUGCUUGAGAAUCUCUCGGGCGAUGUGGACAGGCCGCCGUCGAAGCCGGAUACGCGGCCGUUUGAGGUGAAUGUUACUGGGGCCUUCUACGGCAUCAAACUCGCUGCGCAUUACAUGACAGUGCCGAGCACCCACGCCGGCACACCUAAAUCGGGUGGCAAAAUCAUCAUCACCGCCUCCGGGGGCGGCAUCUUCCCCAUCCCCAUCCUCGCGCAGCACACGGCCAGCAAGCAUCCGCUGAUCGGGCUCGUGUGA